AAAGGUUAACUCGAACUUUGUUUAGUACGUUAUCGUCCGGAAAGUGUCUCGACCCGGAAAACCGGAAGUCAUUGGAACUUUAAGCACACAGGAGAGUCCACUGCUUCAGAUUCUCAGGACGUUCUCGUGCUACGAUCUGAUGCCGCGUCAGAGCAACAUGGUCGUCAUCGACUGGCAGCUUACGAUCAACAGCGUGCUACUCACAAUCCUGAACAAUGGCGUAUUAGCGUCGUUAGUUUGGGACUCGGAAACGGGAACCGCCAUAUGCAUGAUCACCCUCACCGACCUACUUCGGAUCAUGCUGGACAAAACCGUUGACUACCAUCAAGUGCUAAACAGGCCGCUGCGCACUUGGCUGAUGGCGAAUUCGAAGGAUCAUCAGAAUCUGACUGUUAUCUACGCAGAGGACAGCCUACUGUCUGCAGUGAAGGUGCUCUGCGGCGUUCGACUACACCGAAUCCCGUUGUCUGCUCUCCCGGUACCACCGGAAAUGUACAAACCUCUGGACAGUUUGCCUUUCGGCGUAUGGAGCAACAUUCAGUGCACGACGUUGAAGGAAACGGUCAGUGCGGCGCUGAGUCAGAUCUUCAGCAGCAAUAUCUCUAGCCUUCCGGUGGUCAUGCAGCAAGAAUCUCAGUCCUCAGUGCAGAAUAUUCUGACCAAAGUAGAUGUGGUCAACUAUUUGGCCGACUUCGGUUGGAAGAAUCUGGACGAGAUCACCGUCGAGGAGGUGUGUCGUUCGCGAAAACAGUCGGUGGAAGGUUUGGUGAUGUGCAACCGCUGUACGCCGUUGUUGUUCGCACUUGAACUGCUAGUACGCAAUAGCGCCCAUCGUCUGAUAGUGGUCGACUCGUGCAUAACGCUGUGUGGAGUGAUCUCGGUCGCCGACCUACUGUCAGCUAUCAUUGCCUGA